AUGGCGAUAUUCCACAUCCUCCUACUGUCCAUUACUAGUUAUGUGUAUGCCAGUAUUGACGCACCAAAUUAUAAUGUUCUACGACUCGUCAUAGCCAACGAAUCCCAAAAAGACGAUCUUCGGAAGUUAGAUGAUCUUCUAGGAUACCGGAUAGACUACCUCCGCGCUGUUCGAUCUCCAAAACAACCAGCCGAUAUGCUUCUCGAAGAUGAAGAUCUCGCCUAUGUUCAACGAUUUCUUACCCAAAAAGGCAUUCAAAAUGAAGUCGUUCGUGAGUUUCUGCAUUCUUUAAUGUAUUGGGUACUGUAA